AUGACGACGGGUGAGCGUGGCUACUUCUUCGUCACCGCGGUUGCCGUCGACCUUGCGCUUCUCCCGGCCAGCGCCAUAGCCGCCGGCCUCAAGGUCGGCUUCUACAACAAGUCAUGCCCAUCGGCGGAGGCCCUGGUGCAGCAGGCGGUCGCUGCCGACUUCAAGAACAACAGCGGCAUCGCCGCCGGCCUCAUCCGCCUGCACUUCCAUGACUGCUUCGUCAGGGUACCUGCUGCGUGCUUCCUCUUCGCUUCUGCAUGCAUUUCCAUUUCCACUGUCUGUUUGGCCAGCGGCUAUACUGGCUGUCUGGCUUGUGCUCCCUGUUGA